GGAACUAGAUUUUCACUUUCGUUUUGGCUCGAAUUGCCAACUUGAACUCAACAGAGUACGAAUACCUCCGGAAGACGCUCCCCAAAGAGUUGUCUCACCGCCUUCCGAAUUCCAGUGGUGCGGUGAACGAGGCUCGGAAAAAGCGCUGGGGAGCUUUCCCAUGUUUGAGGGCGCUUGGCCAAUCGGGAUCGGGAUCGUCGGGUCCAACCUCAUCUUCCUUUCAUCAUUUCCAACAUCCAUGUACGCCAUCCUCAACCAUGGCGCGCCCCAGAUACCCUGCGCCAUAUGCCCUCCUCCAUCUCGCAUUACGCUUCAUAUCAUCCGGGUUAUGCAUUGCCACUCUGGCCAGCGCAAGUUACGCAACAUCGAGAGGGGGUUAUGGGACAGGCAUGGUGGGCGCCUUCAUCGCGUCGAUCCUGACCAUGAUGGUCGACCUUGCCGAGAUCUCAGGCCUGGUCGACCCCGCGAGGGACGUACCCCGGUUCACAGAGACCACCAUCGUCUACCUUGAGAUGAUAGUCGUGGCCAUUUGUGGGAUUGUGCCCGUCAUGGUUCUCAUGGCAUACACGGGCCUGCAGCGAAAUGACUGUGAAGAGCGGCGAUCCAGGGUUGAGUGCGACGCAGAAGAACGAGCGAGGGAAGACGUCGAGGUCUACGUCUUUCUAGCUUGGCUACUCCCAUUAUGUUUGGUCGGACUGCAUAUCCUCUUCUCUGUCCUUGGCUGCUUCGAUUGUUUUCAGAGGAGAGGGAGGACCCCGUCACCGCGGCCGAGACGCACUCGUAGGUAGGCAACAGGUGUCUCGCUUGCUUGCCUUGGGGUGCCUGUAUAUACGACUUGCCUUUUAGCGGUACUUUCAUGCAUAUGGAUAGAACAAUCAUGGCCGGGUUAUUAUUGCGGGUUUCAAUCUCGCCACCUCAUUCCAGUAGUUGUUUCGUGUAAAG